AUGGCCUCCAACGCAACUGAUCGUGCGCCAGUCGCGAAUCCCACAUCUUCCUUCUGGAAUUCUGAACCCAAGAAGCUCGAUGACUAUCGAAGCACACCCGAGCUGCCCGCCAAAGCCGACGUCGUGAUUAUUGGGUCUGGUCUUUCCGGUGUCGCUACUGCAUACUUUCUCCUCAAGGACAAUCCCAACCCUCCCUCGGUUGUGCUGCUAGAGGCGAGAAAGAUAUGCUCCGGUGCUACUGGGCGCAAUGGCGGACAUGUCAAGCCUGACACGUUCUCGGACAUUCCCAAGUUCACAAAGCUCUUCGGCAAGGCAGCGACAGCAGAGCUGGCUGCGUUUGAGGCAUCGCAUGUCUACGCCGUCAAGGACCUUGUAGAGAAGGAAAACCUGGACUGUGAUUUCCACGUUACGAGAGCUUUGGACGUCUUUCUUGAUUCAGCGCAUGCCGACGAGGUUGAGGCAACUUACAAGGGUCUCUCUCGGAACACGGGCGUCAAUCUUACCGAUGUCGCCUUCACUGGCCGAGAGGAUGCUGAAAGAGUUUCGGGGGUCAAGAACGCCAAAUGCUGCAUAUCGUACACGGCGGCUCAUCUGUGGCCUUCCAAGCUGGUGCAUCAAAUACUUGAAAAGCUGGUUAAGAGUGGGCUCAACAUCCAAGCCCACACGCCAGUUACGUCGGUGUCAUCGACCCGAGACUCGGGUGGCCUUUGGUCAGUCCACACGGCCCGCGGAGCCAUCAAAGCACCAAAGUUGGUUCACGCAACGAACGCAUACACAUCACAGAUCCUCCCCGAGUAUACGCGAGCCAUCACCCCUGUUAGAGGUAUCUGUAGUCAUCUCGAGAGUCCCAAAGGCAAGAAAACACCUCACCUUGUCAACACGUACGGCAUCAGAUUCGACAAGGGGAACAAUGACUAUCUCAUCCCCCGGGCGGAUGGAAGCAUCAUUGUGGGCGGUGCGCGGCAGGCGUUCUGGCAUAACAAGCACCGAUGGUUCGACAAUGUGCGUGAUGACGAGCUGGUGAACGAAGCGGUCCCUUAUUUCGAUAACUACAUGCAGCGAACCUUCCGCGGGUGGGAGAAUAGCGAUAUGAAGACCAACAAGGUUUGGACUGGGAUCCUUGGCUACAGCUCAGACUUUAUGCCUCACGUUGGCCAAGUCCCGGAAAAGCCUGGGCAGUUCAUCAUGGCAGGGUUUACAGGUUACGGUAUGCCCAAGAUCCUUCUUUCCAGCAAGGGCUUGGCCGCUAUGGUGCGCGAUGGUGCUAGCUUUGAGGAGACAGGUUUGCCUAGAAUCUUCAAAACGACCAAGCAGAGAAACGAAGCCAAGUCAAGCCCGCUGGAAGAAUCUCUGGCGCCUUUCUGGGCCGAGAAGUCGAAGUUGUGA